AUGGGCGAGCGCAAGGUGCUGAAUAAGUACUUCCCGCCCGACUUUGACCCCUCCAAGAUCCCGCGCACCAAGAAGGCGGAUCUCAACCCAAACUUUGUCGUGCGGAUGAUGCUUCCGAUGAGCGUGCGCUGCAUGACGUGUGGCGAGUACAUGUACAAAGGGAAGAAGUUCAACUCGCGCAAGGAGGACGUGGAGGGGCCCGAGGGCGAGUACCUCGGCAUCAAGAUCUUCCGCUUCUACUUCAAGCGCGCCGCACACUCUUUCACGAUCAAGACGGACCCAAAGAACAUGGACUACGCGGUGGAGGGGGGCGCCAAGGCCAACUUCGCGAGCGAGAAGGACGACACGAUGGCGCAGGCGCGCGUCGCACGGCUCGAGAUGGACGACGUCAUCGGCCGCCACCGCGCAGAGACCGAGCGGCUGCAGGAUUUUGGAAAUACAUAA